AUGCCGGCAUCGUCCCUCCCUCUUGGCGCAAAGCGCCCCCGUGACGAGAAGGGCGAAAACGGCAAAAUGAGGACGCCUGAGGCGUCGGUGUCGUCCUCACAUGCAGCUAUAAUAGAAAUUACGCAUGGCAUGACGCAGUCCGCAGCCGCAGAAUACGACAAGGAGAGUGUGGGAACUGCCAUGCGUUACCAAGACAUGGAUGCGUUGCUUAGCGCCCCAGCAUUUCGCGAAAAGACGUGUCGGUUUUUGCUGCCACGUGCCGAUGGAACCCACCCGUACGGCCCUGUAGAAAUGGGUGUUAUUCAGCUCGUGGCAAACGAUGGUAAGACACUCAUUUUUACCUCCGAUGCCAUCGCACCUGUGAACGUUUCCAUGGCCGAGGGAAAGCGUCUGUGCAUAGGCGAUGUGGUGCUUCUCCAGCGCCGCAUCUCAGAAGAGCAGGGAACGCAGGGAGAAGCUUUCAUGCCGGCGAAGGUAGAAUUCGUCGCCUUGGAUCCCUCUGCGUUAAUGGAUGGCGCGGACUGGUGUCAGGCCGCCUCGUGGAACACUGUGGCGAUGGCGCGGUGGAUGCACCAGCUCCUCUCGUUCCCUCCUGGCCUCGCCCAGCUGACCUGCAUUAUGGAUUCCUCUUGGGGCGAGGUAGCGGCAUCUGUCACUGCCGCAGAUGCGUGGCUGCGGUCACUGCAGUUGCCUGUUCUUCUUCAACAGUGGAAAAACGUGGAUGGUGGGGUAGAGGCGCGUAAGGUCUUUCAGAUGAAGAAGCUUGUUUUCUCUAUGCUUCGCCUGUAUGUGGCCAUUUUGGGCAGUGCAGAGGCCAUCAUGACGCUUCCUUCUGUCGUGGAGGGAGUGGUCUACCAAUUCCUGGGCUCGCCCCUAUUCGUGGAUGGGCUUUCCGUCGUCUUGCCACAGCUGGCCGGAGAUGUCUCAGAGUCCACUUGGGCAAGUGCGCAGCAAACCAUGCUAGACGCCAUGAAGCUCGCGCAGCGCUACGUUUGCCGGGAGCCUGUGGAAGAGGAAGGGAAGGGGCAACGGGUGGCGAGAGAAGCCGCUGAGCGCGGCUUCCUCACCGCGCUUCAUGGCAUCUCCGCGUUGUGGUUGACGCAUGCACCGAGGCCGUCACAGGCAGGUAUGCAGGCGUUCAUGAAACUGGUGGAGGAAAUGGCCCGUGUUGGCGUUUUUCGCCAGUUCGCACAGUGGAUGCGUCAGAAGGAACGGGCGAGAGAGACGGUGAGUCUCGUGGACAAGGUCCAUCGUCCACCGAGUCUACAAGACGUAAAGGACCUUCACGGCUUGAAGAAAACCUCCCUGACGGAAAUGCUGGCGGCCAUGACGCAGACGUACACACCAUACCUGCGACAGGAGACGCUGCGUUUUGUGGAGUGCGCCAUGUUGGCGACUUAUGCGGAGCUGUACGGUCCGGUGGCGUCUGCUCUAUCCAGCUACAUGGAAUCCAUCGCGACAAUGAAGGCCGAAGAUGCGGAUCCGGCGAAACCGACGAAGGCGUUGCAGGUCACACAAGUAUCGCAGUCAGCUCUUCGCCUUCAACUUUAUGAAUAUUCCUUGGAAGAAGUUCGGCUCCACGCCCUCUUUGGGAUGCCCUUGACCCUUACUUUGCGUGUAACAAGCGACACGCGCGACCGCAGUCGUCACGUUAUUGAGGCAACCUCUACUUUUGGUUGUAUUGUGGUGGUGUUGAGUGGCAAGCCGUUUAUUUUUCCUGUCAUGCUGUGCGGUGUGGUGGACAACACAGAGAGGGAAUCGGUCAUCACGGCAACCGCCUACGUUCUCCGCGAUCGGGACAUAUUGCCGUCGCUUAUGGCGGCAAGCGCGGCUGCGUCUAGUGAGUCCCAAGGACUUCCAGAUGCAUGGUUUUUUUCGGAUGCUCGUUGGGAAGAGGAAACUGACUGUGAUGACGAUGCGGAUGGCGAUAUUCCCACGUCUGGGCAUUUGGGCAGUCAACCACCGCGCUUUAUGCCCCCGGGCACAUCGGCCGUUUCCUACGUACUCUAUCUUAUUCACCUGCAAAAGCUGCGUGCCCAAAUGAGGCAGCAAGAGCAGAGCAGUGUGGCGGCGAUGGGGCGCGCUAAGGGCGGUCCAGGCCAAGGUGAAACGGCGCCUAAAGGUGUGCUGUGGUGGGGGAGCGGCGGCAGUAGUAGUGGGGUGACUGGCGAUGCCUUUACUCACUCCACCCCCUUGGAGGGGGAGAACGAGGUGCUGCAGCACUGCCUCUCUGAGCUCACGGACACCACCUCUCUCACUGCCUCACAAGUUGAGUGCCUUCACACCUUGACGACGACAGGCCCCGGCGUGCGUGCGCUCGUGGGGGCAGUUGGGUGUGGUAAGACGACCCUUAUGUACGCCAGCAGCCUGUCUCGAGGUCGAAUGCAGGAGGCGUUGCGAAAGCAGCAUCAGCCGCUUUGGCACGCAACGAUUAAGCACAGCGCGCAGAACCUUUCUGCGCGUCUUGGCGAGUUGGCCGCGGCGGAGGAAAUGGAGGAUCUAUACAAAGUAUCCGAUGGCUCAUCCGCUCGCGACCUCCCAGAGGAAGUCACCAACGCGGCUCUGGGGCAUAUUCAAGAACACGUGCAACUGAAUGAGAAGCUAAGGCAAUGCCAUACACCGAUGUUGCUGCGUCCAAAGGCAUUGAAGCAAACAAUUCCCACGCAUUCCGUUCAUGUGCUACAGGAAGAAAAUGCUGCAAGGCAUUUUUGCCCCAUUGAGACUGUAAUGGAGCAAAGCCACCAACGAUCCCUGAAAGCGCCCCUUGCAACCGUUCUGAAUGCCCGGUUACAGACCCUAAAGCGCGUCGGCGAUCGCCUUGACUCCAUGGCCCGUUCAUUGGGUGAAAAUGCCGUGACUGUGGGUAGAGAACGGAAGCUGUUCACUGAGCUAUUGCCAUGGAUUAUGUCUAAAAAAGAAAGACUUGACACAUUCAACGAAGCCGUGCGUAAAGGCAAAUCAUGGGUGACGUACCUCUCUGAAGAUUUAUGGGACCCGUCAACGUUAGUGGAAAGCACCGAUUUUGAAUCUGCCUCUGGAAAGACAGUGUGGGAAAGUCUGGGGCCCGCGCCCAGCUCAUUUCAUGCGGUUACUUUACCAAAUGCGGCACGUAGUCUAUGCGCCUACACCCGAGAUGAAGCUGGAGGAUGGCUUGCUGUCUUUUGGGAAAAGCAGAUUGAUCUGCUUUGUUUUCUACAAAAUGAAGUCAUGGAUGAGGCGCGACAUCUGUUUCUACUUUUCCUGGACUUGAUCCAAGCUGUGGCGGCGACUUCGCAAACUUCAAAGGCCACAGUGGUGACCGCGACGGGAGGCACGCUGUUUCGUGAACUCGCCUUCUUGCGUGUGUGGCAACCCCAUUAUCUCGUGGUGGAUGACUAUGAGCAGAUUUGUGACGCACUUUACCUCACAUUGUCGCAAGUAAACUCGGCUAUUCUUGCACACCAAUCUGAAUCUCCCCUGCAACAUGAGCAACAGCUCUCUCUCGCCAUUUUCCGGGCACUGCAAAGGGAGUUGCAAGGGACACCGCUGCUUUCCUCUGUGGCGCUAUCCGAAUCCCUCCGUUUCCGUUCUCCAGAACUUCAUAAAGCGGCACAGUUGUGUCGUAACAGUGCUGUUGCCUUCUACGCACCACUCCCACUUGGUGUGGCCGGCAACAAUGAGGACAAUAAUGCUGCUGUUGUAGGUGGGAGUGGUGAUGGCCAGGCAGCGCGCCAAAGUGGUACACUCACAGGAUUUUCAUCACCGUGUUGUGUGGAGUUUUGGACGCAUGCCGUGGCCUUGUCUGCCAGCGUAACCUGUGAUGGGGCUGCGGCUGCAUUUGUGUGUAACCGUCUUCGGCGGAUUGAACCUUCCAUGGCCGUGACGGUGUAUUGCGGCUUUGUGAAGGAUAAAGCAGUGAUCCUUGAAGGCAUGGCGUCAGGGUCUGAUGCUGCUGCCGCAGAGAACAUGGGAUCUGUCUGUGCAAUUCCGUUCUGCUCAGACGCAUUUGUCGAACGCGAUGAGGAGUGUGAUGUGGCUGUGAUGUGUCUGUCAGGGAUUGCGCGUCGAUUGCGGCGGUUUUUAAGGCUGGGGCGGCAGUCGGCGUGGGAUCGACUCGGGGCCGAGCGCUCGUUCGUGGAGCAGUUGGAGUGGUGGCUCUGGAGGACGGUGUCGUACGCCCGUCGUGGGGCAGUUUUGGUGGGAAGCAGAGAGGUGUUCUCUUUCCUUGAGCCGCUGCGGCGUUUGGAGCGCUUUGUGCUGCAGGUGCGUGAGCAGCGGGGCUUUUGGCUUCCACCUGAAGCAAAAGGCGCAGUCCUGGCCUUGCGGUGCCCGGACCAUGAAAACUGUCGUCAACUGGCACUGUUGACCUUCUCUGACUAUUCUGGCUGCCAGGUGCGUGUGGUUGGGGAACAGAAGUGUCGUUCCUUAUGUCUGGCUCCGUACGAGAAUUGUACAAAUCCCUCUCACGCGUGUCUCCGCGUCUGUCAUGUCUAUAGUGGGGAGAGUGACGGCUGCGCCGCGGAGGACGGGGAUCCCUCGCACAGUGACUGCCCAUUUCCCUGCAUGAAGGUUCAGCCAUGUGGUCACGUGUGUGUGCGGCGGUGCGGGGAGCCGUGCUCCCCAUGCGAAUUUGUCGGACUUCGGGAGCUUUCGUGUGGACAACGGGUUGUUUCGGGCAUGGUAGAUACGGAUCCUGUUCAGACGAUCGUGCAUCACUUUCAGCGGGUACGCUGCGGAGAGGCGCCGCGGCCCUGCGAGGAGCACGUGAUGCUGCGAUGCCCCCGCUGCGGCGGAAAAAAUCCCAUGCUCUGUCACGAGGUGGUUGCACGUGGUGGCAUGGAGCACGCGGUGCUCAGCGAGAUGGAGUGCGCAGGCUGCGUUGCUCUGUACAACCGCGUUGCGAAGGAGCAUGGCGUGGCCCAGCUUGCGCCGGCGGUGCCGCCCACCGCCGGAUGCCUGCCGCUAAAUUCGCUGCCGGGAGCCGCCCAGACUCGGUUGCAGGAGCUGCAGACCUUUGCCGUGAAGAAGGCCCAAGUGAUGUUGCAAAAGGAAGCGUUGGAGACUAUGCAAGGGAGGCAGUCUUCCGAGUUUCACCUGCAGCAGGAGAUCUACAAUCGAAUGCAGAGGCAACAGGAAGAGGAGGUCCGAGCACACCGACAGCGCGCCCAAGAGAACAUUAAUGUAUGGACGAAGAAGUUGAAGCAAAAGUAUGAGAUGCAACUGACGGUAAAUGAGGCGAUGGAAACGGAAGUACCCCUUAUGGUGAGUGAGGCCAUCGCCGAGGAGGAGAAACAGCGGUCGCAUCUUUUUGUGUAA